AUGUUCUCCAGCUCGGACUGCCUGGAAAUCAGCGGCAUGGCCCCGCUGCACACCACGCCGCCCACCGAGAAGAAGAAGCGAGUCCUCAAGCGACCGCCCGUCUUGGAAGACUACGUCAACGUGACAUCCACCGAAGGCACCAGGGUUUUCCUGGUGGUACGGGAUGAUCCCUCCAGGAUGGGAGUGGAGCUCGCCGAGUCCUUGGGGUGGAACGCGCGCCGGCCGCUGCGCUUGCUGGGGGUGCCUUUCACCUAUUUGAAGGAACAAGUAGAUGAAGAGCGUCGCAGGCGUGUUCUGGAGGCAUCGCAGCAGCUGACAGAGAUAAUAAGCAGUUGCCUCGAGAGCGAGACCGACACCAAGAACCCGGAGCCCCACGGCGAAGCGGAGCCGCUGGACGAGGAGGAAUGUGCGCUGCAUUGCCUCUGGGUGGACAAAUUCACCCCCCGGCGCUACAUGGAGUUGCUGAGUGAUGAUUACACAAACCGCUGCCUUCUGAAGUGGCUCAAGCUCUGGGACACGGUGGUGUUCGGGAAGGAGAAGGCUGUGAAGAAGGCCAAGCCCAGCGCUGAAACUCAUCCUCCAUUCAGGCACGCCAAGGAGCAGCAGAAUAAGUGGAAAACAAAGGUCCAGCUCACAGAGGAGAUUCUGGAGGCUGAGCUGGACCAGCACAAGAGACCCAAAUACAAG